UACAAAAUGAACCAAGAUUUGUAAAAUUUCCUCCAUCGACUACGUUGCAAAUCGAAACCCCAACGGAACUCGGCACUGAAGGACUUGUUGGGCUACGCGGCUGGCAGUCCACUGAUGGGCUGGGCAGCGUUGCUUUUGCACCCAUUGUUGGUGAUUCUGAGGAUAGUUUUCAGGAAAAUCGCCCUGUUCUAUCACUUUUCCGAGUGGACGAACAGUAUUAGAAGCCGGGGGUUCAAUGGAGCUAAGUGGGCAUUAUUAUUUGAUAUAGGAUUUGGUGUGGCCGUGCUUUCGCUGGUGCUUUACUUCGGAAAUCCGGGUAUUUAGUUUAUGGAGUAUGCUGAGCUGGUUGUGAAUUACUUGCGAAAUUUGCUGACUACCCUUCGCGGCAGUCCAAUCGGACUCAAAUUGAAUGCUCCGCUGAAUAACUUCUUUCUCAGCUGUUUUCUCUACCACGUGGACCUCUGGUGGACAUUUUUGAUCAUCGUUUCCCCGGCGAUACGCUUUCUCUUUCUACCGUUGUCAGUGUUGGGACUGUUGGGAUUAUCAUUCCAACUGGCAAUGUUUUCGGACCUAAUCAUACUAAUUAGCCUACACGCACAUUGUUUCUACAUCUAUGCUGCGGUAUUGUAUCGAAUCGAGCUUGGAGGAAUUCGGGCGCUGUGUCGCAUCGUUCUAGGCAAGAAGAAAAAUAUUCUUCGGGACCGUGUCGAAUCGCACGAAUACAUGAGACGGCAGCUUUUCAUUGCUACAAUGACAUUCGCCGUACUUCUUUUCCUGCUGCCAACGAUUCUUGUGUACUACGCAGUUUUUGCAACGCUUCGUUUCUCCAUUUACUGUAUUUCAUACGUACUAAUGACCGUAAGGCGAACCAUACUUCAGUUUCCGUUCGAUGCCAUGAUUCGAUGGUUGCGAGGGACUUACACCGAUGUGGAAAGUUUAGAGAUCUACAAUAUCGGAUCGUACGCCAAUGAGAACAUUACGAUUAUUUAUAUUGCGCCUAAACCUAGCAGGGGUUUCUGGAAUGAUCAAAGCUGGCAACGGUUAAGGUGGAGUGCGAAAACCGGUAACGACAACCCAUCGAUGGGUGCCACUAUUUCCAUUGGUCGGUUCUUCGUUAGUUUAGUCCAAGGCGAAAUGGUUGCCUUUAUACAACCGGAUGAGAAUCAUUAUCACAGUGAUAAAAAAAUUGAAUAAAUGCAAAAUUAAUUACUAAUUUUCGGCAAGAUUUUGUUUUUUUUUUCGGUAUCUGACGAGAAAAACAGAUUGGAAAAGAACUGACUAAUGAAAUAGUGAAAUGAAAAUUUGCGAAGUUAUCGCAGAGCCGAGACUCAAACCCGCGAUCUAACGUAUAGGGUUUUUCUCUUAGAAAAAAACGUUCAACGGUGGUUCUUCAUUGGUUAAAUACGUUGGAUCAUUGGUCCAAUGAACGUCCAAUCAAUCGUUCAACGGGAGUAUGCGGUAACUUUUUCGCAAAUCGUCGUUUCAUUCGUCAGUCUUUUUCCAAUCUGUUUUUCUCUAUGCCUUAACAAGACCAAAAACUUCGGCUGAUUCGAAACAAAGAACCAAAUAAUGUGAA